CUUCUCUCUCUCUUUCCGGGAGGAGAAAGAAAGGCAGAGUGGGAAGAGAUACUUAAAAUACAACCUGAGAGAUUCCCGAAUCAGUUAUAGAUUGGACACCAUGAAGAUGACAAGUCAACGGUGUAGCUUCUACAUUUGCUUGGCGCUAUUGGCCUUUGUGGCUGUGACCCGCGCCCAAAACCAGGAAACCGACAAAAAGACCGAACAACCCAAUGCCAACAAGAACAACAAGAACCUCGAAGGAAACAAUGACAAUGCCAAAGACACCAUGAAGAACGAAAACGCUCAAAACAAGCCUAAAGAUGCAAUGCAAAAAGAAGAGACAAUGGAGACAAUCGAAAUUGGAACACCCUCGGGACCUCUCAUGGGGAAGAUUGUGGAAAGUGAGGGAGAGACCUCGAAGAGCUAUUACCAGUUCUUGGGCAUUCCCUAUGCCGAAGCUCCCAUCGAAGAGCUUCGGUUCCGUGAACCCCAACCCAAGGAGCCGUGGACGGACGCCUUGAACGCUACGUCCUUCCAAGCCAAAUGCCCCCAACCUCAUGCCAAUGGUUCGAUCAUUGGUGAGGAAGAUUGCUUGUUCCUCAACGUGUUCACACCCAGAAUUCCGGCCCAGGAUUCAACCCGAUCAUUUAAGAAGUCCAGCCUCUUGCCCGUCAUGGUUUACAUUCACGGUGGUAACUUCAUCAAGGGAAGCGGUAACAUGAUUCCCGAGCCCCUGGUUAAGAAGGACGUGAUCGUGGUCACUUUCAACUACCGCUUGGGAGCACUUGGGUUUCUGAAUCUAGGUCACCCGAGCUCUCCGGGCAAUCAAGGCCUCAAGGAUCAGCUGCAGGCCUUCCAAUGGGUUCAAAACCACAUCAUUGCCUUUGGAGGAGACCCAACCCAGAUCACCAUCGUUGGACAUUCUGCUGGAGCCACGAGUGCUCAAAUCCACUUGUUGUCCCCUCAAGGCCAUGGACUUUAUCAGGGAGCCAUCGUUCAAUCUGGCAACCUUCUGUACAUGAACGAGCAACUUCGACGGGGCAUCGUCCAAGCCGAUUCAGCUCGUUUGGCACGUGAUGUGGGGUGCUUGAAUCCCAACCCUAAUGAGCUUUUCGCUUGCAUGCAAGAGACAAAAUUCGAAGACCUUCACCUGAACGCAACCGGCCUUCCCAAGAAUAUCACUGCGGACUUGGAGGCGACGCUCAAUGGGAAUGGCACUUUCAACUUUGGACCGUCCAUUGAGACAUCUAGUCCUAACCCAAUCCUGCCCCAACAUCCCUUGGAGCUUUUGAAUGCCAGACGUGGCAAGGAUAUCCCCUUGAUCGUUGGGUUCGUCGAAAAUGAAGGUUCAAUGUUUCUGGCCCAGAACUUGGAUAAUUUAGAGGCCAUCAACGGGAAUUGGUCCUACUUUGGCCCCAAGAUCGUGUUUGGAUCUCAAUAUGAUGACAUCACGGACCUUAAGCAAUUAAAGGCCAAUGUGACCCGUCAUUUCUAUUUGGGCACCAAGAACAUCAGCCAUGAGGUUCAAGACGAUCUGGUGGAUUUCUUCAGUGAUGCCGAAUACCUCGCUCCCGGAAUUCAGCUCAUUAACGAAAUGACCGCAAACCGAAAUGCUCCCGUCUUCGCUUACGAAAUUGCCCAUCAACCCAACACUCAGUCGUACCUUGAACUGGUUGGCUGA